CGUGAUCGAGGAGGAUAAGUUGGAGAGCCGGAGCCAGAAUUGAUCACAAUCCAACCGGAACCUUCGGAUAAAGACACCUCCACCGAUCCUCUUUCUAAUAAAAUUGUUCUAGGAAAACGUAUCAUUUGCUGAAUUGGCUAGCGUCCGUCAAGAAGCGACUGCGACAAUAUAUUCGGAGCGCUCUGAGCGACAAUCAAUUUAUCAAGAUGAUCAGCAAAGGCUACAUUACCUUGCUGGCGGCCGCCGUGCUCCUCCUCGUUGCCACGGAAACUCACGGCUGGGGAAGACCGGCUUACUUGAAAGUUCCAGACUUCUUUGCGACGUGCACCAGCGCGCAGGGCGUCCGCUCCUCAUGGUUCUUCAUGCCCGGCGCCCCGUGCCUGUGGGGCUGGGGCGACCCGGAACUCAGCUGCCGCUCCGGCGCCUACAGCCACACGUACAGCCAAGCCAAGCAAUACUGCAACGCCCGCGGCUUUGCCGUGAUGAACUUCACCGCCUACCAGGACGCGUACCUGGACAUCAAGGGCUGCGUCGACGAGAUGCUGGGCCGCGUUGGCAAGAGUCUCAAGCAAAGCUCGUUCAUCUCCUUCUGGGCUGACGACGCCGCCAUGCCGACCAUGCGCACCGUCGUGCACGCGCAAAAGCACGGCCAUCCCAGCGCCGGCCACGAAGCCAUCAACCACUUGGACCGGCACUUUGUUGCGUGCUCCGGCGUGUGGACCGAGACCAAAACCAGGAGCAGCAGGGUAUCAACGAUCGGCUCUGCCACCCUGUUCCUCGAGAAGGCAGGCCUGGCAUGUGCACUCCUCGGCUAUCGGCUCAUGACUGGCGAGUACUUGCACAAUCGCGUGCAUCAGUUUGACCUUCUCAAGGGCUUGCCACACGGCGAGUACAAUCUAGACGGCACCGCCUAUCCUUGGUUCGUCUACACGGGAACCAGCACCCGCUUCGUCAACACCAACGUCGUCAAGAAGCGCCAUUUCCUCUGCCACAAGGACUGUGGUUCCCACGGCGACUUGGUCGAGGACCGUUGCCAGUGCCAUGCGGGCUGGGGUGGCACUUCUUGCCAUUUGCGGCGAGAUGAAGACUCCGUGGCAGCGUGCAGCGACAAGUUUUUGGAGGGCACGUCGAUCUGGAUGUUCGGCCCAGGAGCGACCGGCAGCAGCGCCAAUAAGAUGAAAUACUACCCCGCUAAGAGAUUCUGCGAACAGCGCGGCUUUAGCCUGAUGGACUGGAGCUCUUAUAACGACAAUAUCUACGCCAUCAAGCCGUGCGCCCGCCAGGUAUUCUCCAAGGCCAUCAAGGCCAAGAAUGUCACGACUCUGUCCGUGUGGACCGGGUUUUCUCUCGACCGCAGGCUCGCGAUUUACCACAUGGACGCCAAUGGCACUGAUUGGGUGACCUUCACCUCUAACUACAACCAGCUGCUUUACCCGGCCUGUUCCCUUCAGUUCAAGAGCCAAGUGACCAGCAAGGCCGUUGUCGCCUCGAUGGUCCAGUGGUACAUAACCAACUAUGAGACGGCCAAACAGACGUGCAACUACAUGGGUCUCGACUUGCUCUUCGACUGGGAGUUGUCCCGCCACUACGCCUCGCUCCAGUCAGCGUUCACCAAGGUGGCGUUCCCCGUGCGCAACUGGGAUCAGUACAUUCUCGAGGGCGGCCAGUCGGUGGUUCUGAGCGAUCACGGUGCACUGCAGUUUCGCUUUGGCAAACCAGGACUGACCCGCACUCUCUGUGCCAAAAUCUGCGUCCAUGGUACUAUGACCUCUGCCGACUGGGGGUGCACCUGUGAUGCUGGAUACACCGGACCGCGUUGCCAAAAUUUAGUUUCAGAGUCCCCCUUUGUAGGUCCAUGAAGUCUUGUACAUGUUCCCCAUGCUCACUUGCCUGUACAAUUGUAGUUGUCCACCGACAAUUGUCACUGGGCUUUAGGUCUUUUUGUACAAGCUCUUGCACGCAUGCCCUGUAUUCCAGCCUGCACUGAUAGUUUUUAGUUUCUUCGCUCAGCCUCCUUUUUUUCUAUUGUCUUUCCCUGUCUCUCUCUCUCUCUCUCUCUCUCUCUCUCUCUCUCUCUCUCUCUCUCUCUCUCUCUCUUCAAUACACCUUUGUCUUUCUCUUUCUCUCUCUCUCUUCUCUCUGUCUAGUCCUUUUCACCCAACCUCUCUGUUGUACUUUCUUCAUUAGCACAGCCUCUGCACAAUGUUCAUUAACACAACCUCUCCACAAUG